UACGCUCACAAAGAUGGGACAGCCCUCGUUGUCGGCCUUCCGGCAAUAAUGGUCGAGCUAUUCGUGUGUGUCAUGGAUGGGCUGAUCUCUUUGGUUUGGCUGCUCACCUGCUGCUUUCGGCGGCGCAAGUAGGCUGCUGAGUGUGCCCUCGCAUCGUGCCGUGCUUCCCUCCCUCCCUCCACCGCCUCGCGCUAUCCUUCGGCACAGUCUAAUUCCCGGCGGCAGUCAACUCGACAAUGGCCACCCCUCGCGCUUUGCUGAUGGCACUGAUGGUCGUCGUCAGGGCAUCAGCAGCACCGAGAGGUACAGUACGUGCACACCGAUAUGGCCAUCCGCUCAUGUGCACUGACUAACGUCACGUUUGUUCUCCGUGGACACAGGCGCUCAGGCGAGAUACGAGGACCCCUCUGCUGUGGGUGAGCCGUUGCGAAAGCUUCAGGACGUGUGUGACUUCCACAGUGCUAAUUGCGACCCCUCCGACUUUUCCGACAUCUGCUCUUCUGGCCACUCCCAGAGAGAAUACCGAGGAUGCUACAGCGGAUAUGAGGUAUUAAAUGUGACACACUGAGAGAGAACGGAAAGUAGUCUGGACUCCUCCCUGUUGUCCGAGUAUUACUUGCAUGCAGGUGUAUGACUUCAUCUGCUCAAGAAGUCCGGGGCUUUAUUGGGACAUCGAGGGGUCGAUGUGCUGCGGCUCCUGCGGGUGGGCUGGAAUAUGUACAUAGUGCAUUAAAUUGUGGAGAACAAUUCGACAUUUUGCCAUUGUAUGGCAUGGAACUUUCAGGCCUCACAGCCCCCAUGAGGAGCCGGCCCGGAGCAACGACAGCCCCCCUGGCAGGCCCCCUGAGGAGCCGGGCAACGGCAGCAGGGCGCGCCAUAAGGACGGCGAAUCGCCCGCCUUUCCUGGCAGUGAGAAAGGCGAGUACGAGGGCAACGAUUUGCCAUCCAGCGAUGCCUGCGACCUGUGGAAAUGCUCGGAGGAAUUUCGGGCGUCGGUCGUCGCGAUUGUCGUGGUGGCCGUAGCGAUUGUGACAUUCAUCGUCGUAUACCGCCGCUGCUCACGCUGCCGCAGCAAACGACUCACCGCGUGUGUCGACAAGUGCCUCCCCAUCCGGGUGCGUUGUCCGUGCACUGAGCUAGGAUGAAAAACAGAACAAACAGUAAAACACGUUCAAUCUGUGUGUGUGUGCAGUGGAGGUCUCGCCAGCGCCAGUCGUCGGUGCCGACCACAGCGCCGCCACCGAAGGGCAGCCCCGAGCCCGUCCCCUGCCCCCCGCCCCUGGCAAGCCUCAGCUCCCUCCCUCCCCCCAGCGCCCCUCCACCCUAUGAUGCCAUGCAUCCCAUGGCCGGCUACCUCUCGGCCAGCCCACCGCCGUCGUCUCCACCCCCGUACGACGACUAGCACACGUGCCAGGCGCCCCCGCUCUCCGUCGACUUCCCGUCCUGUUGUCCUCCCCCUCAGACGCGCCACACCUCCGAGGCCCGAGGGCGCUGCGACGGCGAGGCCCGAGGGCUCGAGCCGAGAAACCGGUCGAGCGGCCAUCCACCAAAUGCGGAGGGCACCGAUCUCGCUCGAAACACCGCAGGGGAGGCAGACGAUCGACCAGCCUGGAAAUCCUGGAGUCAGUCGCUGGUGGCGACUCGUGGUCUUGUGUCUGUGAGUGAACAAACUCGUGUAUGUAUUGAAUUUGUCUUGGUUGGCCUGCCCUGGUGGUGGUAUUCAUCAAUCAACAGAGAGAUGGAGAGAGAAGUCUGGUUGAGUUGGGAUGGAGGACAGAUACGUACGUGUUGUGUGUAUGUGUGUAUGCAUGACUCACGCGGUCUGGCUGGUGAAAUGGGCCAGCCAGCGCUUUUUGCAUUUGUUGGGUUGGCGCCGUGCCGUGCCGUGCCGUGCGCUGGUUUUUGCUCGCUCAUUGCCAAAUGUAUGUGCGUGUGUCUGUGUGCAUGUAGUCCAUGCCAUGUAAGGGCGCUGCCAGGUAGACGGGACGGGACCGCAUGUGUGCAUGACAUGAGAAGGCAAGAAACUCUGUACGUCUGCAUUCAUUCCACGUGCAAUGACUGUCAAUGUGGUGUGCUGAGAACAUCAAGAGGCCAUCUGUCUGUCUGUCUGUCUGUCUGUCUGUCAUCUGGCGACUGACCAUUGCUGGCAUGUCCUCAAUCGUGGGCGGUUGACAGAGACGGGGAAUCAGCUGCAAUGUUUCUCGUCUGCAAGCUUGGCCGG